UAUUUUAUAAUAUAUGGUUAAUUCCCCAGCGCCAAAUACUGCGUACUUUUUUGCGUCUGUUUGUGCUUUCGUAAAUUAAAACACGUUUUUGCCGAAGAAAAUAUUACAAAGUGAUAGAUUACGUUAUUUUGGAUACGUUACUCAGGUACACUAUUUAUAUAGAAGAAUACAUUCAGAAAAGAGUGAAUUUCGUAAUAAUUUGCCGAUAUCGCAAACGUGGUUGACUAUUUGACUUGUAUCGCUGAAACGUUAAUUGUUUCUUAGAGCUUCGACACGGUCCUGUUUACAUUUAGAAAUAAAACACGACGAAGUAUAACGAUACUUUUAGCGCGACAAUGGCAAAAGCAAACGUCACGUUCAAAAAGCAAAUCACCGCCACCGCCGUCGACGACGAUGACGACACUCUCUAUUACAUCGGUGUAAAGGCAUCUCCAUUUGCGUCCGAUAGCGCGAUAUUCGGUCUACCGCCGGAAGAAGUGACGGCUCUGCGCAGCCGUUUUCCGCUGUGUCCUAGUUGCCCGAAUGUCGUGAAUGGAAUUAUGUUUAAAGGAUCACCGUUCUCCAUCAUAAAUGCCCUAGCCGAGCUGGGCUAUCGAGUUACUUGUAGUACCGGAGAGGCUGAGAUACUUUGGACAUUGCAGCGGGAAUUGAAUUAAGUUAAUGCUCCGUAAAAAUAGGCCUUUCGAAAAGUGUAUUAUAUACAUCCAACAUUCACUUAUGAUCUACAUAUAUAUAUAUAUAUCUGUGCGUAAAACCGUAGCCACAUUAGCGAUAAAUCUAUGAGAUCUGCAACAUCUGUAUCUUUCUUUCGCAUUUAUUUUUGUCUUGAAUUUCGAGUAUCUUUAAAAUUUAUACUGCCUUGAAAUUUUCUUACGCUUAUUAAAUGCAUAUAUGUGUGGACCAAUAAGCGAUAAUAAUAAAAAUUUUUAAUAAUUAAUUAUCCAUAUAUACCUUUAAAUGGUAUGCAUGUAAAAUGCAAUUUUUCAUUAAAAUAGUCGGAAAAAAAAUUUUGCUUUGAAAACGAAAACUGACACGUUAGUGUGUUCUUGCCGUAAACAAUACACGAAGGCUUUUUGCAUCUUAUCGGACGUGACACUUCGCGUAUUGCAGCAAUAUUGAGUUUUACUUUACGACUUUGAAAGUGAUGCGGUAAAAUUGUAUAAUUAUGA